GCUUGAUUGGACAAUUGCGACAGUAUACAGUCAUAACCACAGAAGGACAAGAUCGAGGCUUAGCUUCGAAGCGAGUAUACUCGGGACUUGAAACGAUGAUCAUAGUAGUUUACCUUGCCAUGAUGUCGGGCGUUGGUGAAGGAGAUUUUAGGGGAAGGCUGAAAAUUACAGACGAGGCGUUGAUUUCGCCUCGUCAAAAUCUGCUGGAGAUUUGAAGCAUUUGAAAUAUUGUACACGACACAGACAUCAUGCCUCCUAGAAUACCAAUACGCACGAAUACACUGAAGCAGCUCCGAACAAGGCAAUUGCACUUGACGGAGCGCUCACUGUUAACACGACCCAUUUCCACCACUCGCUCUGCACGGCAAAUACUCCCUUUUCAAUCACCACAGACUUGCAGAUGCUUCUCUUCAAACCCAAUUCUUCACAAGAAGAAAGGCCGUGCAGAUCGAGAGAAGGAAGAAGCUGCCUCGGAAUCCAAUGAGGUUGAAGAUCCGUACGACUUCUCAACUCUCAACACUGGAAUCGAGAAGUCCCUUGAAAAGCUCAAGAAUGAUCUUUCAAAGCUUCGAACAGGCGGAAGAUUCAAUCCAGAAGUGUUAGAGAAUCUGCGAGUGCAUUUGGUCAAAGACAGUAAAGCCAGUGAACGGUUGGGUGAUUUAGCCCAGGUUCUGCCAAAGGGUGGAAGGAGUCUGAUGAUUUUGGUUGGAGAGAAAGAUCAUGUUAAACAUGUCAUAUCUGCAAUUCAAGGAUCGAAAGAUCUGAAUCUACAACCGACGGUCGAUGCGCAGAACACAGCACAAUUGAAUGUUCCAAUUCCACCGCCUACAAAGGAAUCGAGAGACGCUGCUUUAGCAGCAGCCAGUAAGGUAGGCGAGAAUGCCAAUACUGGAGUCAGGAAUGCAAGAGCAGCUAUGCAGAAGAAGCUACGAGCUAUAGAACUGAAGAAAGCAGCGCGACCUGAUGAUUUGAAGAAGGCACAUAAAGAAAUGGAGAAGAUCACCGAGAAGGGAGUAGGAGACGUCAAAAAAGCUGUGGAAGCUGCUCGGAAGACCAUGGAGCAGACAUGAGAUAUUAUAUUCUACAAGAGUCUUGUACAAUGUAUAAAACAGAUCUGCAUCUUGUAUACAUGCUAGUCCCAGAUCAUAGU